UAUCACUGAUAACACAGUUACCAUUGUGGUGAGUGUGGGUGCAGUCAAGUUUUAGUGCAGUGACAGUGAUGACUGGUCUUGGAAGAGGCGACGGCCAAGGGCCGGGUGUGGGGAAACUGGAAUCCCAAAUAUAUUGCAUCAAGUACACCCUGUUUUGCUUCAACGUUGUGUUGUGGCUCUUCGGACUCUCCAUAUUCGCUCUGUGUCUAUGGAUAUGCAUAGAGCCAGGAUUCAACGAGUGGAUGAGGAUACUGGAGCUGCAAAAAUACUUCAUUGGCAUUUACAUAAUCCUGAUCGCAUCUCUCGGCAUCAUGGUCGUCGCUUUCCUCGGUUGUGGAUCCGCUUUGAUGGAAAAUGUCAAGCUUUUAUACGCGUUCAUAGGAUCACAAAUAGCUUUAUUUGUCUUCGGCCUGGUGGGAGCCUGCGUGGUGUUGGACUUCUCAACGUAUGAUUCAAGCAUCCAGCCUCUGAUCAAGGAAGUCAUAGUUAGACUCAUCAACAACCCACAGCAUGAGGGUAGUCGAGAAAUACUAAGAAUGGUACAAGAAGGUAUUGGAUGUUGCGGCGCUGAUGGCCCCAUGGACUUCAUAAACCUGAACAAGCCUCUUCCAUCUGAGUGUCGCGACUCCGUCACUGGAAACGCGUACUUCCAUGGUUGUGUGGAUGAGCUCACAUGGUUCUUGGAAGGCAAGACUGGCUGGCUGGCCGGCAUUGUGCUCGCAUCUUGCAUGAUUUGUGUUAUAAACGCUGUUAUGUCUCUCGUCCUUAUCCAAGCAGUAAAGAAGGAAGAAGAAGAAUCGAUAUCUUAUAAGAAUUAAUUCGAUAUGUUAGCAUAAGAAAUAUUUUUAGUGCUUUAUGAAAUUUUCGUAUUAUUUUAUUUACAAACAUUAAAUAACCACCGUUUUUAAUUAA